CUCUAGGGAUUGUUCUGCACGACGAAAGCUAAAGUGCGGCAUACGUCAUUAACUCCUGGGCUGUGGGUUAGGCUAGAUGAGCCACAGCUACAAGCCUUCCCACCUCAGCAUCUUCUCUAGUGUGCUUAGGAGAUGAAGCUGUGCCUUGCGGAUGAACUUGGUUUAAACCCAGACUAGACCAUGAGUUAUUAGUGAAAGCCUGAUUGCUGGUAGUUUGACGCUGCAGUUGUAAUGUUAAUAGGCAGGGAGAGAAGGAUGCGGGAAGCAGGUGUGUGACUUCUGUGAACAGCGACAGCACAGGCGUGUGUGACCCUAGGAAUCCAGGGCACAGCAAAGCCUUUGCUUCUGAUCCAGCCUAUUGGUCUCAGAGGAGCUUCCUAAAGGACGAGAACGGCAUGCUCAUCUCCGCAGGAUCCAGCAGUUCCGUGGGCCAGUACAAGGAUGCAUUUAUGAAGGCAAAUCCAGGGUACAAGUGGUGGCCCACAACAAACCAACCUGUGAAAGCCCGGACAUCCACUGUUACAAACAGGAAAAAGCUAUGGGCCUUUGCUUCAGACUCUGCAAAAGGUUUACCAAGCCUGGGGAAAGCGACAAAAAGUGAAGGAAUGCCGCAGCGUAACUUUGGGACGGCAGGUUUCCUCGAGUACUUGCCAGUCAGAUGCGACUAAUUCUAUGGAAGCUUGUCAGAAGCUGUCAUUGUUUCCGCGUGCAGAGG